AUGAAAUCCACUUUUCCGUCCUCUUUGUUGAAGACCUUCGGAGAAGCGCCAGAUGUACCAGCUUUCGAGUAUGGACCGCGUGUAGUUAAGCGAAGCGAGGUCCUAGAUCUUGUCGCCCGUUAUACAGGUGGCCUACGUGCUUUACGAGCUAACCUAGAGCUUGGAGAUAGCAUCGCGAUCUAUACCGGAGUUACGCCAGAUGGCUUUGCCGUGCAGAUCGCAGCGCACGUCUUGGGUCUCCGUGUUGUCAGUCUGAAACCAGGUAUAUCUACGGCACAGCUAUCACGCAUUGUUGCCGACACGAAGAUCCUGAUAGUUGAUGAGGUCACCCGUUCGGAGAUAGAGUCUUCACUGUCAAUAGCACCGGAAGUAGUGGGAUUGGGAAAUUUACUUGGAGAUGCGAGCGAUAUAACACCUCAGGGACGUCUAGAAGACACUGCUUUGGUUCUUUUCACCAGCGGGACUACAGGUGAUCCAAAGGGUGUCGAAUUUUCGUACGCGGCGCUGACUGAGAUAUGGACGUGGCAGCGUUCGGCCUGGGAUGCGGAUACGGAACUGAUGGGCGCGAGGUACGGUCGCUUUCUCCUCUUCGGCACGCUCGGCAGCGUCGUCGUGCUUCAACAACUUGGCCUAUGCCUCAUCAGCGGCGGUACAGCCGUUAUCCCUACCACGCCCUUUCCGCUCCUCAAAUUCCCGCACGUCCUAUCAGAUCUUCGUAUUUCCGCCGUGCUCUUCACCGUACCGCGACUACAUCGCGUCCUUGACAUUCUUAAGACGGACGCGUCACGUUUCGACUUGAGCCAUCUCCGCUCCGUCUUCGUUUCCGGUUCGCCGGUACCAUCGCGGAAGCUACGAGAGGCGAUUGAAGUCCUUGGAGAUGUUGUGUUUAACGGCUACGGCACGUCGGAGACGAAUUUGCUGUGUUUGCUUUCCGCUGCUGAUACUAAAGAACAUCCAGACGCCAUAAAUACCGUUGGACGGCCUUUUGCCGGCGUCCAGAUCCAGAUACGGAGUGAUUCCGGAGAUAUCCUGCCCCUUAACACGAUCGGACACGUGUGGGUAAAAAGCCCCGGUUCGUUCAGCGGCUAUACGAACGAAGAAUCGGCGUCCGUGCUCGACCCUAACGGUUGGAUAUGGACGCGAGAUCUGGGAUCGCUGGAUGACCGCGGGUUUCUACACCUAACGGGACGGGCGCGGGACAUCGUCAUCAUUAACGCCAACGUAUACUAUAACGGCGCGAUUGAGAACGCGCUCUCGUCUCACCCGGACGUAGACGCCGCGUACGUCGUGAGUAUUCCGGAUGAUAAGACGGGCGAAGCCGCUGCGGCGUUUAUCACAACAACGGCCAAGGAGCGCGGGCCGGAUCUUGAUGCUCUGAGGGAGUUGGUUAAGGAGAAGGUCAGCCCGGCUGCGGUGCCGUCAGUCAUCACGGUAAUAGAUUCGGUUCCGAUAGCACCGAGCGGGAAGCCAGAUAAACAAGCAUUGAUAGGGUUGAUAUCUAAAGACACUUGA